AUGCUUCGAACAAAGCCACAGCUUCUGAAUCUUCGGAUUUCGAAUCAUAUCAUUCGACAUCGAUCUCGCAGCAUUGCAACAAGCCAUCAUGUCAAGUUUAAACGACCUUGGGUUAAAAACUUUGUCACAACAUGCAUCCUAUAUGGAGCUGCAUUCCAGCUUUGGGGUUUGUUUGUCUUUGGGCAGUUUGACGAGACACUUGAGAAAAUUGAAGAACCCCCGAAUGCUACAUCAAACCAGAAAGUUGCAGAGGAUCAAAGGGGCUCCUAUGGGUCUUUGUCUUCUACAAAUGACUUGACUGCUACGGAAUCUUUCUUCUUUCCAAUGGGCUGGCCACAUCUACGCGACGGUGAUUUCUACGGGGCAUUAGACCCAGAGUGGCGUGAGUUCAUGAAAAUAUCGCGAGAUGGCGAAAGGCUUCAAACUCUCAGAGUUCUGAGAGAGGCAGCUGGAUCUGUUGUCCUUUCACGGCUUCUUGGGGGACCAUUGCUGGUCACCGGGUCCUGGCUUAUACAACACUUCCCCUCUCGUGCUCCACCUGAAUAUACACUCUCCGGGUUUGUAAAUGGUAUGUUCCUGUUUGUUGUUCUCUUUUGCUCACAUACUGCUAGAUUGGAACUCGGAGACACCGGAAUUUCCUGGACUACCAGAUCAAUCUCUUCAGAAGCUGGUGAUCGCAUCCGAAGAUGCAUGCAACCACUUUUGGUUGCACGUGCUAUAUGGGACACCUAUCUCAUUCUGAUCAGGAGACGAUUAUUUAGUGCGAAGUCUUAUGACUCUGAUCAGAAUCCAUCCGCGAAGUCAUUAGCUGAGAAGAACCUGAAGAUGCCCGGUUCUGACGGUUUCACUCAACUAUUGAAACCUCAGCCACGGCCGUCAUUAUCUCCUGAAUACCACGAGAGCAUACCACAAAAAAGCAACCCCUGGCUUCGCCCCCCGUCAAUAUUAACUUCUCUUCAAUGGUUACCACAGCUGAAGUGUGAUUCGAAUUCAGAUUUGUACGUGGCCUCUUUAGCAUUCAAAUGGCGUCUAAAUGACUAUUAUGCUCGAGAGCUGCGCACUCCCCGCCGUGGUGCGUUCUACUUUGUUGGUCCCGUUGGACUGAAGGGUCCCAAUGGCUUUUGCAGGGUCGAGGUUCGUGGUGAGUACGACCCAUCAGCAUCUCGCUGGACGAAUGUGUCGAUGCAGCUCAAGGACUUGAAUCUUUACAAUCAAAAACCGCUUGGUGGUCGAUGUCAAUAG